CCCGUAUGCAACCGGACUAACGGGUUAACGGGUCAACACCGCACCCAAAUUCCCAACCUUAUUAUAAGGCGAUUUACGUGGGCUGAAAAUCCAGGUGGGUUGUUAAUUGUGAAUGAAGCUUAGAAUCCUGUGGUUAAAAUACCUGAACCAUAUUGGCCCACAGUAUUGGGCCUGGGAAAUGCGAAUCUCACCCGAGCCCAGGCACCCAGCCCAAACAGAGAGGGAAACGACUUAAAUUGACGAGAAAGAUAAAUAAAAAUUUUAUCGCGAUAUUUUGACGAUAAUCAAGCUGGUGCGAUAUAUUGACCGGGAAAAAAGCUUUCACUGUGAGCCAGCCAGUGGUAACUCGUUUUGCCGUCGCCUCUUUGCAGUCUCUCGCCCAAAGCUUCCCUUACCUCCAUUCUUCGCCAAUUCUCGAAGAAGAUACCAUCUUUCCUGUCAGCUUUUGGAGAUGGCAGCCUCACCCAGCCUUUCAGCUCCUCUUCGCAUCUCCCUAUCUUCUUGCUCUUCUUCUUCCUCUCCUUCUUCCCAUUCUCAAUCCUGCUCCCCUUCUCUGUUCUUGGGAAGGAACUUAUCUACAAAGCUCGUAGCUUCCGCUUUGCCCCGUCCCUACGGCGAUUCUUUAUCAAAUGGAAUAUCGAAGAAUGCUUUUGGGUUGCCUUUAAAGAUAGACGACCAGGCUGUCCAUGGUUCUGGCCUCAGGUCCGCGGAGGAUGAUGGGAAGAAGGGUAACCCUCCCAUAAUGCCAGCAGUGAUUACACCUGGAGGAGCUCUGGAUCUCUUAUCCGUGUUGUUUAGAAACCGUAUUAUCUUCAUUGGCCAGCCAGUCAAUUCAAGAGUUGCUCAGCGUGUCAUAUCGCAACUUGUGACUCUAGCGACUAUUGACGAGAAGGCAGAUAUUAUGGUGUAUCUGAACUGCCCUGGUGGAAGUACAUACUCUGUGUUGGCAAUCUAUGACUGCAUGUCUUGGAUAAAGCCUAAAGUUGGCACUGUAUGUUUCGGGGUAGCUGCAAGCCAAGGAGCGCUUCUUCUUGCUGGUGGAGAAAAGGGAAUGCGGUAUGCAAUGCCUAAUUCCCGAAUAAUGAUACAUCAACCACAGAGUGGAUGUGGGGGUCAUGUGGAGGAUGUGAGGCGACAAGUGAAUGAAGCUGUUCAAUCUCGCCAUAAAGUUGACAAGAUGUAUGCUGCAUUUACUGGCCAACCUCUUGAGACUGUGCAACAGUACACAGAGAGAGAUCGUUUCUUGUCUACAUCAGAGGCAAUGGAGUUCGGGUUGAUUGAUGGCAUUCUGGAAACAGAGUACUGAACUUAGAUGAAGGGUUUUGUAUGAAGUAGCUCACAAAAUACCAUUUAAACAGUUUAUGUUCCUGAACCCUUGACGAUGGUAGAUGAGAAAC